AUGGAUCGGUUCCGGAUGAUCUUCCAAUACUUUCAGUCCAAUUCUGAGUCGGUGAUGAAUGGGAUCUGUGGGCUGCUAGCCCUGGCUAGCGUGAAGAUGUAUACUUCCUUUGACUUUAACUGCCCCUGCCUGCCCAAGUACAACAUGGCUUACGGUUUGGGGAUCAUGUUUCUGCCCCCCACAGCCCUCUUUCUCUGUGGUCUUAUUCUCAACAGACAGUCUCUGGUGAUGCUGGAGGAGUGGAAAAGACCUACUGGGGGCAGAAAGAAGGAUCUGGCCGUCAUCAGGUACAUGUGCUCCUCCAUCAUGCAGCGAGCCAUGAUUGCUCCCGUCAUCUGGAUCAUCGUCACCCUCCUUGAUGGGAAAUGCUUCAUCUGUGCUUUCAGCGCCUCCGUCGACCCUGAAAAGUUUGUGGGGUUUGCCAAUGUCACCCCUACCCAGACGCAGCUCUUGCUCUCCAAAGUGCCCUGCAAAGAUGAUGAGCUCAUGAAGAACAACCCUGCCAGGAAGGCGAUCUCCAGGUACCUGAAAUGCUGGUCACAAGCCCUUGGCUGGAGUGUUCUGCUGAUCCUUAUCGUGGUAGCCUGCCUUGCCCGGUCGCUCAGACCCUGCUUUAAUCAGGCUGCCUUCCUGCAGACACGCUACUGGAGCAACUACAUCGACAUCGAGCAAAAGAUCUUCGACGAAACCUGCUGCGAGCACGCCCGGGACUUCGCCCACAAGUGCAUCCUCCACUUCUUCGAAAGCAUGCAGCAGGAAAUCAAACUGCGGCGUUUCAAUGCGCCCAGGGAGGAGGCCGACGGGGGAGAAGGGGAAGAAGAUCACCUGCGGGGAAUCACAGACCAGGAGCAGAUGAACGAGCUCCUGAAAUCAUGGUACUACAGCAAGCCCCCCCUGGAUGUCAGCCAGGCAACCCAGCGGCAGCAGUCUGUGGGCAGGGAGAGACUGUCCAUGCCCUGGGCAGAUAGCUUGAGUAACAGGGGGAAUGCACCACAAAAGCCCAAAACCUCCAGACAAACCGAUGUUUAAAAGGGUCCCUGUCACACCAAGAAGGCACCAAAAUGCGUCUUCCUUA